GGAUUACCUAUUAAUGCAUGGAAAAAUAUUAUUUUAUAUGAUUUUGCUAUUUAGAUUUAUCGAACUUACGAAGCGUUGAAGUGUUAACUGAGUUAUUGAAACGUAAAAUUUGUAACAAGUGUAUGUGAUUUAUAAAAGUUUGCAGUGUGUUUUUUUUGCUGGAAGUAAUAUAGUUGGAUGUAACAUCAAUUUUGUAGUGUUUCAGGCAUGGGAUUCCCAUGGUUUGUCCUCAUUUUGCCCAUAGUUUUACAACUUCAAGCGGCUCAAUCGUACGAUAUUAGUGCAGGAUCAAGAGUUAUUAAUUGUACAUAUAUAACAGGCGAUAAUCAACGAUAUCUUAUUUAUAUGUGGGAAAAUAACCAAAAUGUUUCAGAAAACAGCAAGUAUCAACUUUUUAUUAUUAAUGAUGCAACAGCUAGUCCAAGUGUAUCAUUCCUGGAUACUAACGCCAAAUUUCAGUAUAAUUUAGAGGCGGUAGACUCCAAGUACGAAUUUUAUUCAACGCAGACAUUUGACUAUGAAAAUAAUCAGAAAUUAUUUAUGUUGCUGAUUGGUACCGAUAUUGUUGAGAUUAACGUUCUGAAUUACGACGAUGAACAACCAACGCUAACUUCCCCAAUGUGUUCAUUAAAGGAACUUUUCGAUUAUGAUAUACAUAAUACAACUUGCAAUGCCACACUGACAGAUACGGACGGUUGGGUUGGACAAACCACAUUUAAGAUAAUCAACAGUAGAGAUGACACGACAAAUGAACUGGAACAGGAAGAUAAGUUGUUCAAUUUCUACAUCGAUACAAGUUUAGAUUCGCCAGAGAAUUAUACUACCACCGUUUAUAUCACCACACUAAGGCAACUGGAUUAUGACACGAAAAUUUUCUACUCGUUUAGUGUCCAGGCUAAAGAUGGUGCAGGUCAUUCGACAUUACCAAAUGAAAACGUCACCUGUAUCAUUAAUGUUGAAGAUGUGAACAAUAAACCACCAGAAUUCACAGAUUAUUUCACAGCGAAACAGAUUGUGGAAAAGACCGAAUACGAUAACUUUAGUAUAAAAGCUGUUGAUGGUGACAAGGGUCGAAAUCGUGACAUACUUUACUUUGUCGAACCAGUAGAUUCUAAAGAAGAAGAAGAUCCUUAUAUCAGUAUUAACAAAGCCACUGGUCAAUUACUUAUUAAACCCAUCGAUCGAGAUGCAGAUGACCUCAUCACCUAUCAGUUCCGCGUACGAGCUCAAAAAGUAGACGAUCCCCCAUACAACAAUUCGAUAACAGUCACGCUUUACUUAGAAGACUUGGACGAUAACAGCCCUUUGGUCAUGUCGCUGGUCAAUAACACCAAAAACAUCGUCGACUACACCAAUAAAGAUGAUAAAUCGUACCAUAUCUGGAUCUACGAAAAUUUUGCUGAUACACUUGAUGCUACUAUAACGAUAACCGAUAUUGAUACGGGAAAUAAUGCUUUAUUCGAUGUUGCCUUAGAAGAAUAUCCGACUUCUGCAGCAGCUUACACUGACGCGUUUUUCAUUGUGCCCACGGCCGGGUACAGAACAGCAGAGUUUCAAAUCAGCGUCAAAAACGCCACAUAUUUAGACUACGAGAAUAGUACUUGGGACAACUUUCAGUUUUAUGUACAUUCCUCUGGAAGAUAUAACCUGUCAUUAGAAGAUCGUCUUUUAGUGGAAAUCAGCCUCAUUGAUUACAAUGACGAAACGCCGAAAUUUGAUAAAACCAGUUAUGAAAUUUCGGUAAACGAAACCAUCAAAAAGGGAGAACAAAUUAUACAAGUUAAAGCCACCGAUAGGGACGCAGAAGAUAAAAUACUCAAACAUGUGUUUGUCGGGGCCGAAUCAAUAACCAGCAAAAUGGACAUAGACUCAGCCGAAGGGAUAAUAACUGUGGCAGUUGAUGAUGCUUUCGAUUAUGACAAGAUAAAUCCUGUCAUUUUUCAAGUACAAGCAAUCGAUAAGGCCGACCCUCCCCAUACCGCUACAGUCCCCGUAACUGUCAAACUACUUGAUGUGAACAACAAAGCGCCAACAUAUACAUCAGACAUAAUGAUAGAAGUUAAUGAGAAGAGAAUUAUCGGGACCAAACUAAAUACAUCAAUAACAGCGUCUGAUAUAGACACGACUAAUAAUCUUACUGCUGUUAUAGACUGGGAUAACUCAUACGUGACAAAAAACUCCAUCAAGAAAGAUGGUAGUGAUCCAGAUAUUUAUAAUGCUAUGCGGUUUUUAAAUUUGACGUAUCACCAUAAAGAAGAUAGCACGAUCAACGGCACUAUUGAAAUUGAGUUGUACGUUAAUGAUGUUAACGAAAACCAGACUGCCCCGUUAUACAAAACGUUCGACACUCUCUAUUUGAAUAUUACUAUAACUGAUUGGAAUACCCUGCUUCCCGACUUCGUAGACAAAAUGAACACUACAGCUCUUAUUGCCAUAAGUAUUAUCGAUAUACGGGAUAAUCCUCCAGCAUUCACCGAAGAAACACUGGCACUAAACAGAACAAUUCAAGAAGAGCAAAAACCAGGAGUUUUAGUUGGUUAUAUCGAAGCCAAAGACCCUGAUGAAGGUGACGUUGUCACCUAUUCAUGCGUAGUACUGAAUGAGACAUACAAUUGGUUUGAUACAUCCACAACUGGAAGUAUUACCGUUAAAACUGGAGCUACUAUUGACUGUGACUCAUAUAAUAUUUCUUACGUAGAUAUCAACUGUACUGCUACUGAUGGAACGCAUUAUGUGUAUCAAAAUUUCUCAAUAUAUAUCUUGGACAAGAAUAAUAAAUACCCAGCCAUCGAUGUGAAUAAAACUUACGCUUCCGAAGUAUCUGUAUUGGAAAAGAGCGAAGGUGGAACUAACGUAACCGAAAUCGAUUAUCAUGAUGCAGACAGAGAUAUUCCAUACCAUACCGCUACUUGUGAUCUGGACGACUACGGUACCAACUGUUACGCUGCUUUCGAAGUAACAGAUAACACUGUACGUGUCAAGCAAGGAGCUCAGCUUAACAGAGAUGAAGGCAUUAAAAUGUACGAGUGUAGUUUAACAUGCAAAGAUAAUCCCAAAAAUUUUGAAGAUGAAGGUCGGCUCUCGAAUACUACUACCUUUUCAAUAAAAUUAGAGGAUAUAAAUGAUCAUGCUCCUGUGUUAAUAACUACCGAUAUUUCAGCUUAUGAGAAUCUAAAAGCGGACGCGCUGGUUGGCAAAGUACAAGGCAUGGAUAUUGACGAAGGUGACAAUGCCGAAAUUGAUUUUAACAUUCUUAGUAUUACUAAGGACGGUGAGGAAGUGUCAACCCCGCCUUUUGAUAUAGUAAAAGAUGAUGAAGACUAUUACGUUCCGGAUAAUGAUACCCUCAAACAAUGGCAUUUGAUGACUUUAAUUGAUUUAAAGGACUUAUAUGGUACAUACGCUGUGCACCUAAAUCUAUCGGAUAAAGGAACGCCGCAAAACUAUACAGACAAUGCCAUACUCACAGUAGUAAUCAAUAAAUAUAAUUAUUACCAACCAGAAUUUGUUUAUCCCAGUGGAGAUGACCCAGUAUAUCUCAGUUUAGACCAAGAAGACAAAAAACAGCUUAUACUAUACUCCGAUAAUAAGUAUUUAGACGAUUUCCAAAUAACGAAUGUCGACAAAACUUGUUCAGAAAAAUGGGAUCCCACGUUUGAUGUUCAGCAAAUAUCACCAAGUUCCUCGUCAUUUUUCUAUGUUCUCAAAACAGAUCGUUGUGUCGCUCAGCUUCAAGUUCAAAAUUAUGACCGAUCAAAAGCAAAAUCAGAAACCAGCUUUAUGCUUAAUGUAAUAACCACACUAGCAAACGUAAGCGAAUUGCAACCAGACGAGAAAUCCUACACAUCGUCAGUCAGUUUGUCAGUAAUAUUCGUGGACCUUGAUCAAGAACCUAUUUUUGAAAACAUCGAUCAGCCCUGUAUCUUGUACUUCCUGCAGGACAGAUUGGAUACUGAAAACACUACCGCUCCGCUGGACAGAAAAGCGAAAUAUCCAAAGAUCGAUGUGUCGCCUUCAAUAUAUUACUUCAUAUCGACAAGUGACGUCACUAUCACAGAUACAUUUGAUGUGGACAUCGAUACAGGUUCUGUAAAAUUGAAACAGAAACUUUAUUACAACACCCAAAAUAAUUACACCUUCAAAAUACUGGCUUCAAAAAAUAAAACUACAAUAUCUACAAACGAACAAUCCUACUUGACAGUAGAAGUUAAAGUUGUAGAUUCAAAUAUUCAUGUUCCCCAGUGGACUCAGAGCAACUUCGUUGGACCAAUAAUGAGGAGUACACAACAAGGAAGCACAGUUGUUACUGUUGAGGCAACGGACGAAGACAAAAUCGAUCAAGGAAAAUUAAAGUACACCAUAAACAGUACGAUUGAGGCGGUCGGAUCAGAUAGUAUUAAAAGACCUACAGUACCUUUCUAUCUGGGAGAGAGCACAGGCGAUGUAUCUUUGAACUUCACAGUCGAUUACAACAUGUACGGAUAUUUCGUAUUCACAAUUAAAGUCGAAGACCCGGCAGAUGAUUUUGGCAACCCAUCGCAUGAAAACACAACCAAGGUAACAAUAUACAUCGUAACUGACGACAAUACGGCAAACUUCAGAUUUGAAAACACUUUAGAAGAUGUAACUGCUAACCUAGUAAAAAUCCUAGCAUCAAUUAGCACCUGGUUAAAUUGGGACUGUCACGAUCAAAACGUACGGCACGAUACUAACAAUGGUCAGGAAUUGACCAAUGUUACAGUUGCUGCUAUUUAUUGUGUAGAAGAUGACACAUUGCAAACAUCCACUGACAUUUUAAAGAAAGUAGGAAAUAUUAACACUUUCCAAAAUUUGCGGAAAGAGUUAUUGACAUUUGGUAUUCUGCUACAAUCCUUCACGUCAGAGUCAACCACUUCCGACAAUCUGGAACAAAUACUAAAAUUGGCUUUGAUCAUAGUCACAGUUAUACUGGGAACGCUGUGCGUAAUUUUAGCGAUAACUUUCUUCUUAAAAAUAAGAGGGUUGAACAGGAGAUUAAAGAAAUUGACAGAACCCAAGUUCGGUUCAGAUGAAUCGAAUUUGAACAGGAAGGCGAUUAACGCUCCAACCACAAACUUAUUUGCUGUUGAGGGCUCAAACCCAGUGUUCAACAAUGAAGUCAUUAAAGAAGACUUAAUGUAUGAUAAACAUAGUAUACACAGUGGUGAUUCCGACUUGAUAGGCGUUGAAGACGACCCUGAAUUCGAUAUGUUCGGCGAACGACAAGAUCGUUUUUAAAUCUUAAUCUCACUCACUGCUCUGUAAAAAAAUUUUUUUGUUUGUAUUUGUAAAUAAAGUAGACAUUUAAGUACGCUGUG